AUGAAAGCUACCUUAACCUACCCUGCCCUGUCGGAUCGGUCGCUCGAUUUGCCGCCGAUCCUUAUCGUUUCCAAUCCCUACCGUAUCCUAGACUACGCGGCCUCAGUGGGCGACCUUGGGUUGGUGAAGCUGGCCCUCGACUUCGGAGCCUCCCAGCCUGCUUACCAGGGCCGUUGGACACCCCUUCAUACUGCGGCGCUCAAGCGUCGCCUACAUGGGACAGGUGGGUCCUAUGUUCCAACCCACGAAAUUGAUCGCGCCGGCGUUAUAGGGGAGCUUGUUAAUUCAGGGCAUCACAUCAACUCAGUAAGCUCCGGUGGCUGGACGCCGUUGCAUGUUGCCGCCAGGUGGGCCCACGGCGAUCUGGUAGAUUGCUUCUUGCAGUUUAACGAUGUUGACAUCCGUGCGGCAAAUUUUGACGGUUCCACGCCUCUCGUCCUGGCGGCCGCUUGGGGCCAUGUCGAGAUUGUUAGCGUGCUCUUGAGCUACGAGAACAUCCGGCCCGAUGAUGUCGACGAAGAGGGCCGGACGGCGCUGAGCUGGGCAGCUUUUGGUGGGCACGACAACAUUAUUGAGGUUCUUGGAGGGCACGGCGACGUCAAUAUCAACGCUGUCGAUUUUCGAGGACGAACAGCCCUCAUCUGGGCAUCGAGUUUAGGCCUGACUUCGGUCGUAACGCGAUUGCUCAGCUUGGCCGGAAUACAGCCCGAUGCGAGGGACAUUUUGGGCAGGACAGCGCUAUCCUGGGCCGCCCUACGUGGGCACCGAGAUAUAUUGUCUCGGCGCUUUGCAGUCGCUAUGAUGUCUCGGUGA